AUGGGUGCUGUGGAGCUGCAUCCCACCCUCCUGCUGCUCUCAGUACUCCUGGCUCUGACCCAGCCCAAGACCCUGAGUGGCGCUGGCACACACUCCUUGCGGUAUAUGGUAACCACGACCGCGUCUCCAACGGGUCUCCAAGAUCUCCAAGUCUUCAUUGUUGCCUAUGUGGACGACACGCAAAUCCUGCGCUUCCAUAGUAACACGAAAACUACGAUGGAGCCGCUCGUGCCAUGGGCUAAACAGAUGGGGCAGGAUUAUUGGGAGUGGGAGAGACAAGAUCUGGAGGAUUAUUCACAGACGGCCCGAAGAAACCUGCGAUUUGCAAUCCGAAUCUAUAACCAGAGCGAUGACGGCUCUCAUACCUUCCAGUGUUUCAUUGGUUGCGAAGCGGGGCCAGACCGACUCUUGCUACGUGGGCACUAUAGACAUGCCUUUGAUGGCCGUGAUUACAUCAGCCUGAAUGAGGACCUGAGAACUUGGACUGCUGCAGACAGGACAGCUCAGAUCACCCAGCAAGAGUGGGAGGCAAAACUUUUAGCAGAGUCCUGGAGGAUAUACUUGGAGACUCCCUGUGUUGCCUGGCUGCACCGACAUCUGGAGAUGGGGAAGGGGAUUCUGCAGCGCUUAGACCCUCCAAAGGCACGUGUAACCCAUCACCCUAGACCUGAAGGUGAUAUCACCUUGAGGUGCUGGGCUCUUGAAUUCUACCGAGCUGAAAUAACCCUGACCUGGCAGAGGGAUGGGGAAGACCAGACCCAGGACAUGGAACUGGUGGAAACCAGGCCUGCAGGAGAUGGAACCUUCCAGAAGUGGGCAGCUGUGGUGGUGCCUUCUGGGGAGGAGCAGAGAUACACAUGCCAUGUGCAACAUGAGGGGCUGCCUGAGCCUCUCACCCUGAGAUGGGAGACAUCUCCUCAGCCCAUAAAUGGAGUGAUAGUUGGUGUGGUUCUCCUUGGAGUUGUGGUCCCUGCAGCUGUGGCUGCCAUUGCGAUGCUGAGGAAGAAAAUCACAGGUAGGGAGGGGAUUGGUGUCUGA